GAUGGUUGAGAAGCGGAGGCUUGGAAAUGUACUGAAACCCAGUAUAAUUUUUGUAUUUUAUAGCCUUUUUGACAUUGACUCUGGUUUUGUUUGGGUGGAUUGUGGUGUUUAAGGAGUUUACGUGUUUUUUUGUUUCAGUUAUUUUUGUUGUGGUGUGUAUAUUUAUUGCUUUAGUUUAGAGUUCACAACAUAGCGGCUGCUAAUAGAAAGUAGGAUUGUGGUAUUUUCUGUUACCCACAUGCCUAAUGAAGAUGCAGUCUGUGAAAGUCAUCAUCCUCCUGCUGUUCAGCGAUGCUUGUCUUUCAACUGGAAAUGGGACAGUGCAUUUUGUCUCCAAGAACUUUUACAAUGUACUCCACUGGAACCCCGUGCAGCCUGCCACCCAAGGGGAAAAGGUGCUCUACAGUGUCCUGCUCUGGAACGACGUGGACCAGCAGUACCGGAUAACAGAGGGCUGUCAGAACAUUACUGCUCUGACCUGUGACCUGACUGCAGAAACUCCAGCAGCUCCCGACGUGCAUUACAAUGCUCAGGUGUUCGUUAACGGUCGCUUGCUUGGCCAAACUCCCAUGAGGUUUAAACCUAUAGCAGAUACUAUUUUGGGUGCACCCACCUUGACUACAUAUACAACAGAGUCAUCCAUGUCCGUUAAGGUCACCCUGCCCAUGGGGCCAAAUGGGGUCUCCAUUGCAGAAAUCAUCAGUAGCAGCAGAAACAGGCCCUCCAAAGCUGUAAUCUAUUAUGACUUAAAAAUCACUGAACCAGAAUGGGCUGAACUGCAGCUCAGUGAUGUCACAACCGGCCAGUUUGACAUCAACUUGGGGAAAAACCAAUCAAAGUACUGCGGCCAUGUUGUCUACAAGCCGUCUUCUGAAUGGGGUCGCAAUGUGAGUGAGAAAGCCCCAUUCUGUGUCACAUUGCUAGGUGCUGCUCUUCUGGCGGCCGUGGUCGCGAUGUUGGCCUAUUGGAUGUGCAAUUAUGUGAAGGGCGGAAAGCAUAAUAAAAUACCAAAGUCAUUGAAAACCAUUUCUGGCACCCCGGGUAAAGUACUGCAAUCUCCAUCCAGCCCUAUCACUAUUUCCAAAGCGGUGGUCAGCAAUGGUCCAAGUGAACAAACACUCUACGCCAAAAUCCUAGUGAAGCAAAGUGAGACUUCAGUUAGGCCUGGAGGUUAUGCCCCCCAGGACAUCCCCUCUCAAGACUGGGAAGGUAGCACAGUCUCCUCUGUGGGCACAGGUGCACACAGUUCAUCCCCUAAUCCCCAGAAUACGAGCGCCCAGUCGUCUGAAAUCUACAGUGCAGUAGUUGUCCAUGUCCCCGCUGAAGAGAAGGAAGACUUUCAGCAGGCUACCACUGAAGACAGAGGAACCCGAAACCCACCCUUGCUUUCCAGUGAAGAACUCUGGGAUAAAGGUGGAACGACUCCAAAUCUGAUGUUAUAUGGAAAACAAGCUUCACCUCAUCUGGAUGCUUGUGAGAGCAAUCCAGCCAUGCCGCUACUGUUACACACAGUGCGCGAUACCAACGGACAACUAAUGUUGCCUUCGCUCACUCUUCAGUUAGAGAGCAGCACAGAUGACAUAGUAUCAUCUCUUAACCCAGAGAGAAAACCUCUUUUAUCAGACCUCAUAGACUAUAACAAGGAAGGACCAACGUUAGCGUCAUUGCAGAGCUUCGACAGCUCUGAGCUCUGGUCAGACUCUGGGUGUGAUGAUAGCACUGAAAACACGCCAACCCAGACGUACAGCAACGCGCAUUAUUUCCCAUCUCAACCAGUUGUUAAUUAUUUCCAACAGCAGUGUCAGAACACACCGUCUAGUGAUGCCAUAUUUGAAUCAGGUUACAAACAAAACUGGAUACCUGCAAUAACUCUUGCAGCUGCAUCUAAAAGACAGCUGUGAAUACAGAAGGACAAACUGUCCUUGAACCUGCAUGGACUGGUCCCAAAAAGGAGGAGCAAGGUGAAAGACAUUAAGACAAAGCAGAAGAGAGGAAAGAUCACAGAUUUAUAAUCUUAAAACUUGCUUUUUCUGAUUUUGGGUCAACAAAUAUCGGUAGAGAUGUUUUUAUUGCAGCAACCUUUUUAACAUAGGAAGUUGAAGUUGAUGGGAUGGGUGCUUUAGGGACUACAGAACUGAGCCACACAAUGACAGGUACACACUUAUAAACUCUCCUCUCAAGUGAAGACAUAAAAGUAUCCUGUACUAGAUCACACCUAACAACCUCCUCUGGACCGUUCAAUACAUUUCAUUGCUAAAUUUAUUUAUUAUUCCACAAAUGUAAAAUGUUAAAAUAUAAGUGUGGAUGGUCUUGACAUUGUGGGUUUAUAUUUGAAGAAUGCAUGGUAUAUACAUACUUUUUAAGUCCUUGUUUACUUUGUGAAGUCAUCGUUUGACAAUUUAACCACAGAUUUUGAAUUUUAAAAACCCAAUUCCCAGAACUUAUCCUCUUGUUGUCAUGUGGUUAUGGUGUAAAUUAGUGAUGGCCUUGUGUUCAAAUGUAUCAUAGGCAGCAAAGGGAAUACACCAGCUACUGUAUAAAGUUCAAAGUAUCAGUAAUUUCAAAGCAAUAUUUUUUACAUUGUCAUGAAAGUUUCAAGCUCUGUUCAGACAGCUACAAUCUGACUUGUUUGUGACAGUGACAUGACACCGGUCAUUUUUCUACAGUAUAGUAAGAUGUUUAAAAUGCAGCUGAAAUUAUCGUCCUAAAAUUAGAUUAGUCUGACCACUCAAAUCCAACCCUCUCCCCAACAAAUUAUGUUCCUUUCUUUCUAAACUACUUGUUCCCAAUUACCUUGAGGUGGCAACAUAAUCGCUGGCUAGAUUGCGUUCAGAGGCAGCGCUUCUUUCAUUUUUUAAUGAAUAUUCUUCAUGCUUCUUUAAUUUUUUAAUGAAAGAAGCACUGCGUUUAUUAACGGUUGUAGAAUCACCAGGAGGUGUUUGGGGUGGAUAGGAACAGCAAUUCAUAUAGUAUCAACAUAUUUGCAACUUGCAAAAUGUGUAAAUGAACAUUUCCUCAUUACAGUAAUACAAACAUAAUCCGUUAAUUACUUUGUGAUACAUACGUUUACUUCAAAACAUAUUUGCUGUUGCAAAUGAGUAGUAUAUCAGUGCAAUUUGACAGGGCUGCUCAAAUCAGUUUUUAAAGCUGGUUGCCACUUUUUGGCUGGACCACAACAGCAGGGCCGAUAAGUAGAGUGAUAAAAUUACACCUUUGGUCGGCCAGCCAAGUGUUGGAGUUUCACCAUUAGUCGUUGCUCUUUCAAAAAUGAUUUGGCGAGAACAAAAACUAAAAGCACCUAGCGACAUAUCUACCAACUUUUUGGAAUUGCCGCAUGAUUGUGAAGUCAGCCUUUCCCUCCACAGGCAUAACUGUCCAUGCUUACUGCACGGCAGCUAACAUUAAUGAGCUACUAAGUUUCUGUCUGAGCAAUCAUUUUACAAGUAAAUACAGCCCAAAUCACAGCAAAGCCACUGUUGCAGUUUAAAGUCUUUAACUUCUGUGUUUGGUAAUUCUGUCAGACGAUGGGGCAGCUAUAAAAAUCAGGACUGUGUGCAGAGCAGCAGCUUGGAAGUGACUGUUCAACAUUUAGUCUGAACUACACGUUUCAGUCACUAUUUCAAACAAAGAAAACACAUAAAUGAGAGCAGCUUUAUUGGCAACUGGGCUGUAUUAAAAUACUGUACGUGAGUACAGAGAGUAUAGGAGAUAAGCAAACAGAUAAAGGGCUGAAACCGGAUGACACUAGGCAGACUGCAAUUAGCCUACCAUGCGAUCCAGCCAUAUACUCGGUUUUGACCUAGUUUUGUUCCACAAAAAAAAAAACCCUGCACACCAGCAGCUGGACGAAAGGAAGAGGCUUCUUGCGUUAUUCAUAAAAAAAAUAGAAAAGAUAGUCAGCAUGCGCAUUGUGAGCCAUCACCAUGACAACACAUUAUUGCAACUUAUUACACUCCCUAAAUACACAAACCCAAUCUGGUCACUUUUAAAUUACAAUGUGGACAGUCAGCCUUAAAGAUUAGAUAUGAAAACAAAUCUGAUUGCCUUGUAGCUGAACAAAGCAUCAGACACAGUCCAACACCCACUGUCACGCUUUAAGCUUCUUGAAAUGGGACUAAAAUGACUGAAUUUCUACUAGAAAGGAAUAUUAUUUUUGUGCGCUCACCAACAUAUGUCAGUAUUAUCAGUAAUGUAUGAAAUGCAUAAAUUAAUUUCAUCUGUACAUAAAAAAAAAAAGAUUGUAACAUGUAUAUUUUUUCUAACUCAUGUUCAAGUUCAUGAACUUGUUUUGUUCUGCUCAUUGUUUGCUGUUCUUUCAGAGUAAGAAAAUACAGCAUGUAAAAAUAUAUUACAAGGUGGGGUCAUGGUGCAACCUACCCCACACUGAUAACAUCUAGGUUUUUAAUAGCCUGAACACAAUCUCUUAUACAUGGCUGUAAAGUAAUAAUAAAAUCUGGUGUGUUGAAACAGUGUGAUAAGUCACAUAUGGACAUUUUGUCCAGUGCAGAUGUAUCGUGUGUUUGUACUGUGGAUAAGAGUGUCUUCUGAAUGAAUGUAAGUGAACGAAUGCAAAGUUGUAACUUUAUUUUAUUCUGCAUUUGAAGAUUGUGACUUUUAACAGCACUGAAUGUUUAUGCUGGAAAAUUCAUGCUGCAGGGGUUGACUUACAUUAGAUGAUAAUAUAUUAAAACACUCCAAAAAAAAAUUACAUAUCAUUGUAUUUUAAUAUAACUUUUGAGUUAUAUUGCUGA